AUGGCCUCAAAGUCAAACAAUGAAAAUUAUGAAAAUAUAAGAGUUUUAGACUUAGAGGAGUACAAAGAUUAUGACACAACGGUACCAACAUUGAAUGAAGAAAAUGAAAAUCAAGAAAACCAAGGCACAGUAACAUUAUCUGAAAAAAAUCAAGAAAUAGAACAUCAAGAAGAAAGCGAAGAAGAGAUUGAAGGUGAAAACCAUGAAAGCUUUCAGACACCACCUGAAGGAGAAAAUUCACCAAAUGAAAUACAAGAGCCAGAAGUACUUGGACGUGGGAAGAGGAUCAGGAAAGUGCCAGCAUAUCUUCAGAAUUAUGCUUUCAGACACCACCUGAAGGAGAAAAUUCACCAAAUGAAAUUCAAGAGGCCAGAAGUACUUGGACGUGGGAAGAGGAUCAGGAAAGUGCCAGCAUAUCUUCAGAAUUAUGCUUUGUUAAUUUUCGCUGAAGCUGUAUCUGGAUCAGAUGAAAACAAAUGGCUAGAAGCUAUCCAUGAUGAGAAAGAUUCGCUUGAGAAAAAUCAGACAUGGAUUUUAGAUGUCAAUCUCAAACCAACCAAGUCAGACCCAUGCGUCUUCAAAAAUGAUGAGCAUGACAUCAUUUUAGCCUUGUACGUUGAUGAUGGACUAAUUGUUGGAAAAGACAUAAAUAAAUUAAGGACAAUUCUGAUGAAAAAAGAAUCUAAAUUUGAGAUACAAGCAUCAGAAAACCCUACAUCAUUCUUAGGAAUGGAAAUUCAUCGCGACGCAGGUUUAUUAAAACUGACACAGAAGAGCUAUGCAGAGAGAGCUAUGGAGAGGUUCUCCAUGCAUGAUAGUAAACCAAAGCCUACUCCAAUGGUAAAAUUCAACGACGAUGAUGCGAAUGAGGAAACGCAAGAAGCCUUCAAAUACAGAGAAGCAGUAGGCUCACUGCUAUAUGCAUCUAAUAAAACAAGACCGGAUUUGGCUUUUUCAGUCGGUUAUGCCAGUCGAAAAUUUCAAAACCCAACUAAUCAAGACAUGGGGCUAACGUGA